AUGCCACGAAAGAACCGAACCCCCGAAUCUCUCGCUCUCAACCGAGAGAAUCAGCGUCGCUCGCGUGCGAGACAGCGUGAACUCCUCGAAGACCUGCAGCGUCGGGUUCGUGAGUACGAGACCCGCGAUGGACAGGCUACUCUUGAGAUGCAGCGUGUAGCGAGGGCCGUCGCUGGUGAGAACGCCGCGCUCAGGAGCCUCCUCGCCUCGAAAGGGGUUGCCGCCGAUGAAGUUGAGGCUCAUCUCGAGGCUGCGAGGGCCGGAGCAUCUUCUACAGUGUCCAUGGCAUGUACCCCUGCGUCAAAUUCACCUUGUGCUGCGUCGCCGGUGACUAUUGCCCCGAGACCAGUAGCUUGCUCGCAGCCUAGCGGAUGUGCUCCAUGUUCUUCUCAAAGACAGCUCAAGGCACGCUCUUCAGCAACACCUACGCCAGCAGCCCCCUCCCCACAACCCUGCAAGCAAGAGGCAGACACGCCCACAAUCAGUUGUCGCCCCCAACCACGGCCUGAAUCUCAGGAGACUUCAAACCCCAAGCCGCUGGACAAGAUUCACUGCAUGGAGGCUGCCACCAUUCUGGCUCAGAUUCGAGGAAACUCGGAUAUGUCUCAGGCACGAGCUGCUCUCGGCUGCUCCAACAACGAUAACUGCUUGGUCCGGAACACAGAUCUUUUAGAUCUCAUGGAUGAGAUGACUUGA